AUGGAUGUAGACAUAUCAAGAUAUACUACAUGUAUUACAGUAAUUCUACUAAAAUUUAGUGAUAUAGAACUUAGAAGAUCUACUGAAGUUAACAAUUCGAUUAUAAUGUUUCUUGAAAAUGAAUCACUAUAUUUAACAUUCAACAAGAUGAUGGAUUUUGUUAUUUAUCAUCAGGAAAAUAACUCUUUGAAUCAAGACAACCACUUUGGUAUCUCCCUAGUAGUAUGUUUAUCUACAAUAUUUCUAUUACUGAACAAAUAUGGUGAAUAUUUUGUGAGCUCUAAAAUUUUGAAGAGCACAUUCAAGAAUUUGUUUUUAUAUGCUUUUGCUCAUCCAAAGCUAUUCCUACAUAGAAAUGAUAAUAAAUGUAAUCAUGAUUCUUCUAUGUGCAUUAAUUGCCUAAACUAUGGUUUAAAUAGUUUAGACAUAAAAAUCAAAAUGGUUACAUUAUUGUGCAUUAUAGUGUAUUUUAUUAAUAAAGAGCAAGAUGUAGAAAUGACUUGGAAUAUAGAUGAAUCUAUCUUAUAUCAUGUUUAUAUGAAUUGUUUAUUGUAUAUCUUACCAAACAGCCAUAAUAAUGAGUAUAGCUUGAUAGAGGAAGCCAUAUUUGCAGUACUUUGUUCUAUUUUAUAUUUAAGCAAUGACAAAUCUACCUCCUAUUCUAUUAUGAAUAAUAUCUAUUUACAAAAAUAUAUAAUUGACUAUUUUUUACAGAAGAUCAUGAUAAAUUUAGGUUCAACUAUGAACUUAGAUUAUCCCUUCAAAUACUUUAACUUUAUGAUUUAUAUAUUAUAUAUAAUAAAUGCAUCACCUUGGUGGUUUGAUAUUCAUACUAUUGUUAAUAUCCCUUUUGUAAAAAAGAUUGGUAAUUUAUAUAAUUAUGUAAGAAGUUUCUGUGAUGAAGAUAAUAACUUGGAGAAUAAUACAUAUGGCAAGCGUUAUUUAGCAGUAUUAGAAGCUAUAUUAAAGAGUAUACUAUCCAUAGUUCAUAGAUCAAAUAAUAUUUCAGAAGAUGAAUUCUUAAAUAAAGAAGAUAAUGAUGCAAAAGUAUAUAGCUGUUUAAUAGAAGAUAUACUGAUGAAUCAACAGUUAGAUAUUAAAUUAAAUGAUAAAAGUAAAUUAGAAAGUAUAUUUAAGGUUAUAGAUAAUCAUUCAACUGAUAAAGCUGUUGAGAAUUGCCUGAAACUCUCAUUCAAUGUAGUAUUAAACAAUAUUGUAAAGUAUUAA